AAACGAUUAUUAGUUCCAGUCAGACUUUCGUGUGAUGCAUCAUUAAGAUGUUUAGUAAAACCGCUUUGACCACUGCCCCUCGGUUUAUUAACCAGGGGUUUAACGGGGUGGGAUUUUUUAGGAUACCUGGACAAGUUGCGGCCUUAAGACCGGUACUAUUAAAGAGCUGUCGGCAAGCCAGUACCAGUGCAAGAUUAUGGACUCCUAGUUUAACUAAAGCAAACUUCAAUCCUCAAAAAGGUCUUAUUGAAAAACGGGAAAACACAUUUACCGAUAGAAAUCAACUGAAAUAUGCUCGAAGAGUAGUAGUGAAACUAGGAAGUGCUGUUAUCACCAGAGAAGACGAACAUGGGUUAGCAUUGGGCAGAUUGGCAUCUAUCGUGGAACAGGUGGCUGAAUGUCAAAACGAAGGUAGAGAGUGCAUAAUGGUUACCAGUGGUGCUGUGGCCUUUGGCAAGCAGAAACUUACUCAAGAACUGCUGAUGUCUUUGUCCAUGAGGGAAACUUUAUCACCAACUGACCAUACAAGAGAUGAUAUUCCAGCUCUAUUAGAACCUAGAGCGGCAGCAGCAGUGGGCCAGUCAGGUCUCAUGUCUUUAUAUGACGCCAUGUUUUCUCAAUACGGAGUAAAAAUUGCUCAAGUAUUGGUGACCAAAGCUGACUUUUAUAAUGAGGAAACUAGAAAAAAUCUUAUGAGCACUUUAUCCGAAUUAAUUAGCCUAAAUAUUGUUCCUAUUAUUAAUACGAAUGAUGCAGUAUCUCCACCACCACAAAUUGAUGAGCCAAUUGGAGCUAAACCUGGUAAACGUGGCAUUUCCUUAAAAGAUAACGACUCAUUAGCUGCUAUGUUGGCAGCUGAAAUCCAGUCAGACUUGCUUAUUCUCAUGUCUGACGUAGACGGCAUUUACAAUAAACCACCAUGGGAACCAGGUGCGAGAUUCUUGCACACUUUCUCUUCAGAACAAAGACAAACAAUUGAAUUUGGGCAGAAGAGUAAAGUAGGAACAGGAGGAAUGGACUCUAAAGUGAACAGUGCCAUUUGGGCAUUAGACAGAGGUGUAUCUGUUGUGAUUUGCAAUGGCAUGGCAAAAGAGGCAAUUAAAACCAUCUUAAGCGGCCGAAAAAUCGGAACAUUCUUCACAGACUCUGCUAAUGUGGGAUCUGUGCCUACAGAAGUUGUUGCUGAAAAUGCAAGAAUUGGUGGACGUGUCCUUCAAACACUCACUCCUGAAGAUCGUGCUGCCUGUGUGCACACAUUAGCUGAUCUCCUUAUUUCUAAGCAAGCACAAAUUUUGGAUGCUAAUAAAAAAGAUCUAGAAGAAGCCACUAGCUCUGGUCUGGCUAAACCGCUACUAUCUAGGCUAUCAUUAACUCCUGCUAAACUGAAGAAUUUGGCUGUAGGACUUAAGCAAAUUGCGGACUCAAGUCAUAAAAAUGUUGGCAGGGUGCUCAGGAGAACUCAACUUGCUGAUGGUUUGGAACUAAAACAGAUCACUGUACCAAUCGGAGUACUCCUCGUCAUUUUCGAAUCUAGGCCUGACAGUUUGCCACAGGUGGCAGCACUAGCCAUCGCCUCUGGCAAUGGACUUCUCCUUAAAGGUGGUAAGGAAGCAGCUCACAGUAACAAGGCCUUAAUGGAACUAGUCAAGGAAGCUCUAAGUACAAUUGGUGCCACCAAUGCAAUUUCAUUAGUAAGUACCAGAGAGGAAAUAGGUGACCUCCUGACCAUGGAACAACACAUCGAUCUGAUCAUUCCAAGAGGUUCUAGUGAACUUGUGAGGAGUAUUCAGAACCAGUCGCAACACAUUCCUGUUAUGGGACAUGCUGAAGGCAUAUGUCACGUUUUUGUUGACAAAGAAGCAGAUUUAAGGAAAGCCCUUAAGAUUAUCAGAGAUUCCAAAUGUGAUUAUCCAGCUGCAUGUAAUGCCAUGGAAACUUUACUUAUCCAUGAAGAUCUUAUGAACACUAGUUUCUUCUCAGAAGUAUGUGAUAUGUUAAAGAAAGAAGGCGUCAAGAUUUACUCAGGUCCAGCGUUGAAUUCCAUGCUAACCUUUGGUCCUCCGUUAGCCAAGAGUAUGAAGCAUGAAUAUGGAUCGUUGGAAUGUUGCGUAGAAGUUGUCAAGGACUUCGAUGCUGCAGUUGAGCACAUUCAUACCUAUGGAAGUGGACACACAGAUGUUAUUGUAACGGAAAACGAUAACAGAGCAAAAGAUUUCCAAAAAAAGGUAGAUAGUGCCUGUGUAUUCCAUAAUGCUAGCUCAAGGUUUGCUGAUGGCUUCAGAUUUGGUCUUGGUGCUGAGGUAGGUAUAAGCACUGCCAGAAUUCAUGCCAGAGGUCCAGUAGGAGUAGAAGGUCUUCUUACAACCAAAUGGGUAUUGGAUGGUGUCGAUCAUGCAGCUGCUGACUUUUCCGAAGAGGGAGGAAGAAAAUGGGUUCACGAGAGUCUACCUGUAAAUUAACCAAUAAAAGAAAUAAAAUAGAUUUUUGUUGUAAAAUAAUAAUAAGGGAGUUUAAUUAUAUUUUUCUGCUGACUGUGCCAUUUUAAAAAUUUAUUAUGUGCUGUAUAUUAGUUGUGUUAACAUUGUAUUUAUAAAAUCUUUAAUUUAUUACGGUUUAAAAAAUAUCAAUUUUAACUAUGGAUGGUUUUGUGCCUUAGUAAACAAUGUAUAAAGGCUUUUUGUAUAUUUAUUGUUAAUGUUUAAUGGAUGUUCUGUGUAUUAAGUUUUAAAUUUUAUAACCCAAAUAAAUAUUAUUUAAUUAAGA